UAGCCUUUUGAGUAUUUGUUAUCAGUGUUACUCAAAAAAAAAAGUAUUUGUUAUCAGUGAAGUGAUAUUGUGGAAAUGGCCUCAAGUUCAAGCUGGACUGCAAAGCAAAACAAGUUGUUCGAGAAUGCUUUGGCAAUCUAUGACAAGGAUACACCAGACCUGUGGCAGAAGCUAGCCAGGGCUGUCGGAGGCAAAACCGUGGAGGAGGUGAAACUGCAGUACGAUAAGCUUGUGGAAGAUAUCAAGCAGAUUGAGUCUGGCAAUAUCCCUUUACCUCCUUAUGGUAAGAAACCCGGAGGCAGCAAAGGAUACAAUUACAUGGAUAAACAAAGGAUGAGGAAUCUAAGGCUGUAGGGAGUAUGAAGCAGAAACAAAGAGUUUGGACCUUCAAUAAAAGCAAAAUGCAGCAAAAAUUUGUUUUCAUUACUGAUCA